GCCCCUAACUCCGACUUCACUGGCUCUGUGAGCUCCGAAUUGAAGAGAGGCCAACUUCCAAACAAAGACGCGGCCCAGCUCGGGGCUUCUGGGCGAGGCCAGCCCGGCUGGGAGGAACGGCGCCUGGGAAUCGGAGGGGGGCGAGCCGGGAGGGUGGGCGCUGGGGAGGCGGGGCGGGCCGGCAGGAAGUGCCCGGGGUGCUAGGCCGGAGCCGGGCUCCCCGCACCCUGCCCGUCUCCCGCUGGGAGGGCCCUCCCGGAGCGCCGCGGAGGUGCCCAGAGCGCCUCCGCGCCUCCCGAGGCUGCGACUCCCGUCGCUGCGUGCGGAGCCCCGCGGCCCGCGGCGGGGCCCAGCAACCAUGGCCCAUUACAAGGCGGAGCAGGACGACUGGCUGAUUGUCUACCUGAAGUAUUUACUCUUCGUCUUUAACUUCUUCUUCUGGGUGGGCGGGGCCGCCGUCAUGGCCGUGGGCGUCUGGACCCUGGUGGAGAAGAGCGGCUACCUCAGCGUCCUGGCCUCCAGCACCUUCGCCGCGUCCGCCUACAUCCUCAUCUUCGCAGGGGCGCUUGUCAUGGUGACGGGCUUCCUGGGCUUCGGUGCCAUCAUCCGGGAGGACAGGGGCUGCCUCUCCACGUAUUUCUGCUUGUUGCUGGUGAUCUUCCUGGUGGAGCUGGUGGCAGGGGUCCUGGCCCAUAUGUACUACCAGAGGCUCAGCGAUGAACUGAAGCAGCACCUGACCCGGACUCUAGCUGAGAACUACCGGCAGCCCGGAGCCGCACACAUCACAGCGUCAGUGGACCGUCUCCAGCAGGACUUCAAGUGCUGUGGGAGUAACAGCUCCGCCGACUGGCAGCACAGCACAUACAUCCUGUCUCGGGAGGCCGAGGGCCGCCGGGUGCCAGACAGCUGCUGCAAGACGGUGGUGGUGCGCUGUGGCCAGCGGGCCCACCCCUCCAACAUCUACAAGGUGGAGGGAGGCUGCAUCACCAAGCUGGAGCAGUUCUUGGCCGACCACCUGCUGCUCAUGGGGGCCGUGGGCAUCGGGGUGGCCUGUCUGCAGAGAGGAAGGAAAAUGCCUGGGGGCCUGGGGGCCCACUUGAACUUUUAAGAGACCUGGGAGGAGUGUGAGUGUGGGCUCAGCAGAUCUGCGGGAUGGUUCUCACCUGCUGCUUGCAACGGAGGCUCCAGCUGCAUUUUUACUAAUGGCCAACUCCCCCUCCAGCUGCCCCCCACACGCACAGCUGCCCAGGUCCCACCUUGCAGGCCUGCAAAGUCAGCACCCACUUGCCUACAAACUCCCAGAAGCUGCCCCUACUCUGUGCCCAGCCCCUUCAGACCCACCAGUGCCCAAGACCCUGACUCCUGUGGUUCCCACCCAGACCGGAGGCUCUCAGCCCCCUCCCUCCACUUCCAAGUGCUCACUGCCAGGGUCCCCGAGCAGGGCACCCAUCUGCCAGCACCCCUCACCAGCAGUGGGGGUCCUGUGGACUUCAGGAGGUUGAGAAUCAGACCCUCUGCUCCCUCCCAGCUCUGGAAACUAGAAUGAAGGUCUGAAAACUCCAGCCCCUCUGGGACACCUUGCAUUGGGCACGUGAGCACCCCUCCUCUUGUCUCUGCUUGGUGUCCUUCUCUUUUCCCACUGGGAAAUGCUUAGGGUGGGGCGGUUAGGGUCAGCUCUGCCCCCAGAAGACCCAGACCUUUGAUGUGCCCACCCCCACACCUUCUCACCUGGAAGGGAGUACCUUGAUGGCCUGGUUCCUUCCUGCAGGGCUCAGCAGUGGAGAGGUCUGGGGUGAGGACCCCGGAGCUGGGGUUGGGCAGAGAUGGCUGGUGGCACUGCCAGAGAGGGGACCAAGGCAGGUAAGGUGGCCACCGCACAGGCACAUGCUGCCCCAGGACCCUGCUCACUGCCCAAAAGCCAUCCCUAGGAGAGGUCGCCCAGGAGACCAUGGCCUUGAGCCCCAGUCCACAGUAAUAUGCCCCUCAGGGGUCGCCUCUCUAUGGCCUGAUUCUCAGGAAAGCCAGGUUUUUAAAAUGAUCUCCAGCUCUUAAUGUUGGUGGGAGUGAAAAACCCUUCCUGACUAGGCUAAAUCUCAGACCCUGCAAAGUUGGAGCCACAGUGAAGGCGCAGCUCUGACCACAAGGCCACAUGCUUGGAGGCCGUCACGCUCACGAGUUCCUCGGAGAGAGAGAGAAGGGCAUGCGUGACUGCUGAAAGCUGUCGUCAGCCGUGUGGGAGCUCACAGGGACGCAGAAAAGAAGCCAGCAUUCUGCAGAGGUCGGGCCACGGCAGCUGCGGGAACCCACACGGCCUGAGUCACACAUCAUCACCCUUCCCCCACCCGCGCCGGGGCAGCCACCCUGAGGCGCAUGGCCUGUCCCCCACUCGGGAUGACCCGUUUCAUCCAUUUCACUCAUUCGUUUUCCUGGGGAGGCAGGAAUGAAUCUCGGCCUUCGGUGAGGGAAUGAGGCUUGCUUAAAAUGUUUGUGACUGCUCUCUUCUCUCUCCCUCUCCCAACAGCCUUGCCCCAACUCAGGGGGGCCCCUCCGGCCUCGCCACUGCGUCCAAGGCCUGGUGGUUACCGAGGGCCAGCUGUGUGCUUAGAAUGUGUUAGUCACCCAAGUGCUUUCUCUCAUAGCAACCGCUACAAGAAGCUACUAUUAUCCCACUCUACAGACGACGAAAUUAAGGCUCAGAGCUGUUAAGAGACUGGCUGUGGCUACUGUCCUGCAGCCCCAGGCGGGUGGAAACAAGGGAAGCUGGGCUGGGAGUCCCUGCUCCGUGGCGUCCUCCGGCUCUCCAUCCCUGCAGGAAGCCGUCAGGCUGACAUUAGGAACAGGGUGUCUCUCAGGGGCCACUGUCCAAGAGCAGCAGCCUGGCCCCCCUUCCCGGAGCGGACCGAACCGUCCCUCAGCCUUGGCGCCCACGCGCCCUGCACAUCGGCAGUCAGCGGAGCGGCAUGGCUUCUUUCCCACUGACAGCCAGGCAGUGGAGGGGCUCAGGCGGUGAGCGGGGGCCCUGGGGACCACUGCGCAGGGGAAUGGCAAGCGCUGACACCGAGUGAGAGCAGACCAGACUUCAGCCUCGGGAACCCGCACAUGGCGUGCAGAAUCUCCCGGCCAGGCGGAGAUCACAUCUGGGGGCACAGAGGGCUGGCGAGGGCGCGGGAAACGCCUCUCCCUGCCCCAUGCGGGGGGCCGGGGGGAAGGUCUCAGGUCACAGGCACUCAGAGCCGCCCUGGGCGGGAAGGAGGCUCCCUGGGGGGCCAUGUUAACCACCUCCAGCUACCUUUCCCUCCCCUGAUUGCUGCUGCGAGGCUCCAGGAGGGCACAGCGGGGUCUCUGUGUCACAGAGCUGACAGCCUGCAGUCUCAUCGGGCCAUUCAGCCCAUGCAAGGCCACAGGCACUUAGACCUGGAAGGGCCAGCACAGCCCUUGGUGGGGGGGAGGGUGCCCCCAGGAUCCUUGUGCCCUGCAGCUAGUUCGGGUCUUAGGAUCAGACACUCUGGUCCAUCCCAGGGUUUGUAGGUAGAGGAAGUGAACUGAAACCCCUGCAUCCCCACCCACCCCACUUUCCGCCUUGCAGACGCUCUCCGCUUUCUGGCCACUUGGGGCCUGGGGACAGAAGGGGCGGGGGAGGGGAAGGCGGUUGACUAAGUAGGAGAAAACGCAUCUUCUGUGUCCCUGCUGGGUGGCACUCAUCGCCGAGGAGGCUAGUGACGUGUUGGAACCAGAAGUUCUCAAACUUGACGUUGCAUCAGCUCACCUGGAGGGCUUUUUACCAGAUUGCCAAGUCUCACCCCUGCAGGGGCGGGGCGGAGAACUUGCAUUUCCACCAAGCUCCCAGGUGAUGUGGGCGCUGCUGUCCCGGGACCUUUGAGAACCGCUGCUUCAGACUACCCCACCAAGGACGCUCAGUCUUUGUAUGCGUGUCAACCCUCAGCAUCCACGGUCCAUCAGGAUGUCUGGCUGGGGCCCAGCGCAUUCACUGCAUGAUGGGGGGCCGCAGCUGCUCUGCCCUCUGCGUGGGUCUAUGACCGUGGCUGGGAGACCAGGUGUCUGGGUCCUCUUCCUGGAAGGGAACAGAUUAGCUUCCAGCCACCUCCCGUGUGCCUUGGAGAGUCCAGCUCCAUUCUCGUCACCCCCCACUUUCUAGUUUAGCACAAUGGCCCCGCCCUGCCUGUACUCCAUCCCCCAGCCUCCCCUCCUGCUUCUGCUCCCAGACACCCCGUGAAAGUGCCACUAGGAAUCCCAGGCAGCCCAGUAGUAGGCCAAAUGGGCUUCUGGAACCAGCCGGCCAUGGAUACGGGUCGUCACAAUAUUCUAGAACCCGAGAAGUUGCCUUAACCUAGUGCAUAGGAGAAGUUGCUGUAGAGUUGUGAACAUGCCCCUCUCCUCAGCUGGCCUCGGUGCAAGCCCGGCCUCACCUGCCGGGUGGCAUGAUAAUUAAAGAGUUGUAUCUAGGACUACCUUCUGUUGCUUUUUUCCUCCU